CAUCACUGCGCCACUCGCUGUGCUCGUCUCGUGCGUGCAUUCCAUGUGAAUAUCUACUACUACAUAUAUUACUAGCAGCUUAAGCACUUUGGAUAACCCUUUGGAUACUAUAAAUUACAUUUACACCUCGAUUUGGAUUAACCACUUAAGUACAGCGCCAUGUCGAUUAUUAAUUAUCAUAUGUGCGCCUUUCUAUUGGCCACAACGACGGCCAUACUUUAUGGGAAGGCCCAGCUGCUGGAUGAGGAUGAUGAUGUCUUUGGGCGACCAUGGCCCACGUAUAGUCUGCAGAAUAUGCCCAAGACGCAGUUCACGUGCCGUGACAAGAUCCUUGGCGGCUACUAUGCCGAUCCCGAGACCCAGUGUCAAAUGUUUCAUGUUUGCGUCAAGCUGCCAGGAAUUGGGCUCUCACAUCGAAGAGUUAAUUCGUUUGUCCAACAGGUGCAGGACUAUCGCUUCCUCUGCCCAAAUAGCACGGCCUUCGAUCAAGAGCUGCAGAUCUGCGCCAACUGGGCGGACGUCGACUGUGACAAGGCCACCGCCUACGAUGACAACAACAAUCUAAACGAUCUUUAUCGCGGAGCGGAUGACAGCAAAAACGCCAACGAGGAGGAGUCCACAUUUCAUUUGCAGCGUGCCGAAAGUGGUGAUGUACGUCGCUCAAAGGAGAAUCGCAAAGAUCAAAAGCCGCGCCCAAGACAUAAUUAUGCGCAGACCAGUUCGGACAACACGCAAACAUCCAAGUCCAGACCCAUCACCAGCUAUUAUACGCCCACGACAAGUAGCACCACCAAUCGACCCACAACAACAACAACAACUACCACAACUGAGCGCAGCUACUACAACGUUUACAACAACAAAGAAAACAACGAUGAUUCAAAACAAGACAUCGAUGAUAUCUUUAAGGGUUCCCACAGUUCGCACUUCUUUGCCAAUCGCCAUGGUGGCCGCGAAUUUGAUGAGGAGCCGGCAGCACGUCCCCGACCCAAUGAUUUCAACGAAUACAAUCGCAAGACAACGGAGACGGCCAGCAAAACGCGUGUGACGCCCACCAGAUCCCAGAGGAUCACCAGUACAAGCUCGGCAGCAACAACAGCAGCAACUACAACUACAAGUGCACCCUCCACUAAGGCCCUAAAGAAGAUCACCCUGCAUGCUUCGUUCAAUACGGAUUUCCAGGCCUACAAAUCGAGCACGCCCAGCACGACUUCAGUGCCCACAACUCCUCGUCUGGGCAACAGCAUCACCAGUCGCUUCAGUUUCGGGCAGAAUGACUAUCAAACCCAGGAGCGCAUACAACCAACCACAUAUAAUCCAAAUGCUUAUCGCAUCAAGAGCACCGAGGGUAAGAAUGCCCAGGACUUUGAUAAGGAGACGACCAGACGAAACAAGCCCACAGUGGCGGCAAGGAAGCAAAAACUUGGCCCCCAAGAAUCCAACUACGUCAAUCACAAUGAGUUCGUUGAGCUGCCCAAGGCGAAACUACAACAACCACAGCCGUUCCAGGCGACACAGCAAACGUCCAGAAGGCCUGCUCCUGCACAACUGGAGCCACAAUAUCAUCGUCCCCGAGCACAGGAUAUAUCACGUGUGGGCGCCCAGGAGCCAUCGCCAUUUAAAUCGUCCGCCAAGCCGCGCACUUUCACCAGCCGCGGAAGUAUAACCUACAAGGCAACGACUCAACAUUAUGCCGAUGAUGAGUUCCAUUAUCCAACGACUACGAGCACAGCUAAUCCUAGCUAUGGCAUCUCCAAGAGGACUACCCAAGCUGGUAGGGAUUCAUUCACACCCACCACCUUCAAGCCCACCACAUACAAGAAACCCUACGAACAAAGCUACUAUCAGACACAACAAACACAGCGUCCCAGCCAAAAUCAGCCAAAGCAGCAGACUCCAAGUGUGAGUCCAAAGAAGUCGAGUGCUGUAACCGCUGCAUUGCCCACCACAGCCAAUCCCUAUUAUAAUGUGGAUGAGGAUGAUGGUCAAUAUCAUCCGGAGCUGUAUGAGAAUGACUUUCCACGCAAUCGCCUCAAGCUUCUGCGCAACAGAUCUGGCAGCAACUCCGCAUCGUCAACGACGACAACACCUUCACCGGUGUCCAGUCGGCAGCCACAUGGCUUCCAGCAGGCUCACAGUCAUCUAAAGAGUCAACAGCAGUCAGCCUAUCAAAAGGAGCGCGAACAGGAACAGGAUCUAAGUGAUGAGGAUGAACUCUUCAAGACGGCUCAGUCCCUGAAUUUUGGUGCUGCCAGCAUUAAUAAACUACGCGCUGACAUCUACAAGGCGGAGAAGAACUCUCAGCAGUAUAACUCCCAAUAUAGUCCACAGGUGGCGCCAUCUAGUCCCAGGACGACCAACCGGCCAACAACAACAACGGCUUAUCCAACUAGCACCACAACAACAACAACAACGACAACAACAAGACGUCCUACAACUACAACAAAAGCAGCAACAACAACAACAACAUCGACCACCAAAGGCUCCUCGGCGGAGCCAAAGAAAUCAAAGAGCAAAAAGGAUCAACAGGACAAGAAAACCAAGUCCAGACGGCCGCCAUAUGCUGACGAGGAUACCAGCUAUGAUUACGCCUACUAUGACACGGACUGAGGCUCUCCCAGUUCCCAAACUACCCAACUUAACCACAAAUACCCACUUUACAUAUCCUUCAUCAGUUCAUAGCAUAAAAUACAUAAACUAAUAUUACUAUUUCUCCUCUCAAGAAAAUAAUCUCUCCGAUUCCACUUUAGUUAUCGUUCAUUAAAUAUUCCCGAUCAUUGCAUUAUAUACAUAAACUACACUAUUCUAUACAUAUGUCCACUCCCCAGCAGCAACUAUAUACAUAGGUGCCACAGUAUUUUAUAUACAUAUUAACUAUGAAAAAACAACAUCCCGCAUUAAUCAACCGUCUUCGUCUUAAAAGGCAAAACUCUUCGUUGCCCAAUGAAAACUCGCGUACAUAUUCAUUCAAUCAGACACGUUCUAAUGAAUUUCCAAUGCGUGUAUCUAGUUAUUUAAAUAAAUCAAACAUAUUUUUAGUCGUUAGACAAUUGUUAAACUGAAAUGAUGCAAACAUACAACAAAAUCGAAAAAAAAGGAAAAAUUUGAAAUUAUUUUGAACUACA